AUGAGCGAGUACGAAUUCGUGGGCGGCGAAAAUGGUGGCGAUGAGGACAGAGUAACGGAGUGGGAGGUUGGGCUACUGAGCAUCGACGAUUUGAUGCCGUUAUCGCAACUGUUGAUACCACCGGAGCUGGCUUCGGCGUUAGUAUUUCACCCGAAACUUACAGGACCGCCGUGGAAGUCAACUGCACAUCACACACAACAAGUAGAAGAAGCCGAUUCGGCACUCCGUAACAACGAGAACGACAAGUUGUCGAUGGCGGCCAAGAUCAGCGAUUCACAAACGUGGUGGAUCAGUGCUGCUAUGAUUGACCAAGAGAUGUGCUUGGAUGGGUUGGGAAGAGAAGAAAGUAGCUCUGGUCUGGAGAGGCAAAAAGAGUGUGAGUGA